AUGUUCAUUGUGACAGUUUUGCAUCCGUUGCAGCAACAAAGAAGGCGAUUUAUAUUGGGUGAUCGUAUCUUCUUUACCUGUAAACUUACCAUGAAUCCUGCUAUAGCCAACAAUGAACAAAUAAGCAACAAUCAAGCACAACAACAGCCUCAGCAGCCCCAGCAACAGCAGCAAUUAUCAGACAGUGUAGAUGUGGCAAUGAAAGAGGGCGAGCAAUCAGUGCCAACACCAGCCGAAAAGGUCGACAAGGAGAAAGACAUGGCAGAACUGUUGAUUACAAUGGACAACUACACACCUAUUAUACCCGACGCUGUGAUUGACUAUUAUCUGAAUAAGACUGGAUUUGAUUGUGAUGAUGCUCGCAUUAAGAAGCUCUUUGCUCUGGCAGCACAAAAAUUUGUUGCAGACAUAGCCACAGAUGCAUUCCAAUUCAAUCAAGUCAAACAAUCAUCCCGUGCCACCAGUAAAUCCAACAAGGAGAAGAAGAUUGUAUUAACCAUGGACGAUUUAUCAUCCGCCUUAACCGAAUAUGGGCUCAAUGUUAAAAAGCCAGAAUACUACCAAUAA